CAUGAACUGUGCGCUUGCUAGGGUAGCAGGCGCUGACUGACCAUCUGACUGGGCGCAGCCAGAGCUUUGCAGCAACCAAGGAACUCCCAGCUCCGCAGCCCGGCUGCGCAUGCGCUCCGGGCCAGCCAGGUUCAUAAUAAAGGUGCUAAGAAAGAGAAUGUAAGACAGGAAAAUAAAUAUUUUUACUGAGGACCUGGGUAUGAAGAUUGCCAUUGGGCUCUUGUGCUGCUGUACCUGAGCUGGUGAGAUCUGAGCUGGAUGCUAGUGGAGCAGUGGAGGCAGAGGCUGGAAAAGGCUGCAUAAAAGAGGUGUCUCAGUGGCUGGAACACAAUGGAUCACACAGGAGCCGUAGACACAGAGGAAGAGCUGGGGCCUCUAGCCCACCUUGCACCAAGUCCUCAAAGUGAGUCUGUGGCUCACGAAUUCCAAGAACUGUCUCUACAGUCCAGCCAGCACUUACCCACUCUGAACGAACGGAAAAAUGGAAGUAUAGUCUUUGGGGAGUCAGGACUGCAGCUUCCUCUGCCGGCUCAGUCUGUGAGCACAGUGCUCCAGCUGAGGCUGCAACAAAGGAGGACAAGAGAACAACUAGUGGACCAGGGCAUCAUGCCACCUUUGAAGAGUCCAGCAGCAUUCCAUGAGCAGAUAAAAAGCCUGGAGCGAGCCAGAACUGAAAAUUUUCUGAAGCACAAGAUCCGGAGCCGCCCAGACCGCUCUGAGCUGGUCAGGAUGCACAUUUUAGAAGAAACGUUUGCAGAGCCAUCUCUUCAGGCCACACAGAUGAAGCUAAAGAGAGCUCGGUUGGCAGAUGACCUGAACGAGAAGAUUGCUCAAAGGCCUGGUCCCAUGGAGCUGGUGGAGAAGAACAUCCUUCCUGUGGAUUCGAGUGUCAAGGAAGCAAUUAUAGGCAAGGGCGUGGUGAAGGAGGACUACCCUCACACUCACGGCGAGUUCUCAUUUGACGAAGAUAGCAGUGAUGCUUUGUCUCCAGACCAGCCAGCGAGCCAGGAGUCUCAGGGCUCAGCUGCAUCCCCCAGUGAGCCAAAAGUCAGUGCCUCGCCACCUCCUGUGACUGCAAGCACUCCAGCCCAGUUUACCUCAGUGUCCCCAGCAGUUCCUGAAUUCUUGAAAACCCCUCUAACUGCAGACCAGCCUCCCACAAGGUCUACAGCUCCCGUCCUCCCUACAAACACUGUGUCCUCAGCGAAGUCUGGCCCAAUGCUGGUGAAGCAAAGCCACCCCAAGAAUCCAAACGACAAACACCGCAGCAAAAAAUGCAAAGAUCCGAAGCCCCGAGUGAAGAAGCUUAAGUACCACCAGUACAUCCCACCCAACCAGAAAGGGGAGAAGAGCGAGCCGCAGAUGGACUCCAACUAUGCCCGCCUGCUCCAGCAGCAGCAGCUCUUCCUACAACUGCAGAUCCUGAGCCAGCAGCAGCAGCAGCAGCAGCAGCAGCACUACAACUACCAGACCAUCCUACCUGCACCCAUCAAAACUGACAAGAACAGCAGCAGCAGUAACAGCAGCAGCACCAGCAGCAUGCCGGCAAGGAGACCAGGACCACUGCCCUCCAGCUUGGAUGACUUAAAGGUGUCAGAGCUGAAGACAGAACUCAAACUGAGGGGUCUGCCAGUGUCAGGAACUAAACCAGACCUCAUUGAACGCCUGAAACCCUACCAGGAAGUGACCAGUAGUAACCUUGCCACUGGCAGUAUCGUGGCAGUGUCAUCAGCAGCCAUUGUCACCAGUAACCCUGUCACCAGUAACCCAGAGGUCACAGUGGCACUGCCAGUCACAACACUGCAUAAUGCUGUAACAAGCUCUGUGUCCACUUUCAAGGCAGACUUGGCACUUUCUGCACCCAGCACUGUGUCCCAUGUUGAAAAUGCCCAUUCUCCUCUGCCCAUCUCCCCAUCACCCUCUGAGCAGUCCAGUCUCAGUACCGAUGACACAAACAUGACAGACACCUUCACAGAGAUCAUGACUAUGAUGUCACCUUCCCAGUUCUUGUGUUCAUCUCCCCUGAGGGUGGCGAGCCAUGAUGACAGCCUGAGCCCCUCCAGUAGCACCUUGUCAACUCUAGAACUGGAUGCUGCUGAGAAGGACCGCAAACUUCAGGAGAAAGAGAAGCAGAUUGAAGAGCUGAAGAGGAAACUGGAACAAGAGCAGAAGCUUGUGGAGGUCCUCAAGAUGCAGCUUGAGGUGGAAAAACGUGGGCAGCAGCGACCGCCAGAUCCUCAGCCCAGUGGCCCCCCACAUCCCUUUAAUACAUCAGAUCCGAAACAUGGCAGUGUUGGGUCCUCCAUCAAGGAUGAGGCCUCACUCCCUGACUGUUCCAGCCCCCAGCAGCCCAUCACAGUACCUGGCCACUCUGUAGGCCAGCCCAUCUCCACAGGUAGCCAGACCCUUGUUGCCAAAAAGGCUGUGGUCGUCAAGCAAGAGGUCCCCAUGGCCCAAGCAGAGCAGCAGAACGUUGUCUCACAGUUCUACCUUAGUUCCCAGGGACAGCCACCUGCCCUUGUUGCUCAGCCUCAGGCCUUACUGACCACACAGACAACUCAGCUGCUGCUGCCAGUGUCCAUCCAGGGCUCAAAUGUUACUUCAGUGCAACUCCCAGUAGGCAGCCUCCAACUCCAGACCCCAGCACAAGGAAGAGUUCCGGCUCAGCCUCAUGUAGCUGCUGCCACACAAGCCCCAGCGGCAGCCCUGCCCUCGGCCUUGACCUCAGCACCGCCUCAGAAGCAGGAAGCCUUCCCGCAGCGCGUGCUGGGCCAGCCGCAGCCAGUCAGAAAGGUCUUCACAAACUCAGCAGCAAACACAGUUCUUCAGUAUCAGAGGCAGCCUGGCCCAACGAACCAGCAGCCCUUCGUCAGUAAGACCUCUAACCCUGCUCUUCAGUCCAGAAGUUCCCCGCUUGCACCACUGCAAAAUGGGCCUAGCCUAGCCAGCAAGCCUAGCUCACCACCCCCACCCCAGCAGUUUGUUGUCCAGCACUCUUUGUUUGCAACCCCAGUCACGAAGACAAAAGAUCCACCUCGAUAUGAGGAAGCCAUCAAGCAGACACGCAGCACCCAGCCAGCCCUUCCAGAGGUUUCCAGUGUGCACAGUCAGCAGAUGGACGACCUCUUCGACAUCCUCAUAAAGAGUGGAGAGAUUUCCUUCCCAAUAAAAGAAGAGCCGUCUCCAAUUUCCAAGAUGAAACCAGUGACAGCCAGCAUCAGCACAAUGCCAGUCAACACGGUGGUGUCUCGGCCACCGCCCCAGGUCCAGAUAGCACCACCUAUAUCCUUAGAACCCGUGAACAGUUUAUCUGCCAGCUUAGAGAACCAGCUAGAAGCCUUCUUGGAUGGAACUUUGCCCCCGGCCACUGACGCUGCCCCACUGCAGAACAGCAGUGAAGAUAGAGAGCCUUUCUCUCUGAUCGAGGAUCUCCAGAACGACUUGCUGAGUCAUUCCAGCAUGCUGUACCAGUCUCACUCUCCCAUGGAGACCUCUGAGGCCCAGUUGGUGUCAGGGACCCCCUGUCUAUCUCUUGACCUGUCAGACUCCAACCUGGACAACAUGGAGUGGCUAGAUAUCACCAUGCCCACCACAUCCUCCGGGCUCACUCCGCUGAGUACCACUGCACCAAGCAUGUUCUCUGCUGAUUUUCUGGACCCACAGGACCUGCCACUGCCAUGGGACUAAGGUCAUAGGUCUCUUGUUUCAGAGCUCAUGAGAUUUGGAAACAAUCCUGAGAGGCCAGUGUUUAGAGCUGGAGCCAUAGCUGCACUGUCAAAGUUAAAAUACAUUGUCACAGAAAAAAAGGAAGGCCACAGCCCGGAAGCCAAGUGUGAGAGACUCCAGAGACAAUUGUAUGCAGAGCCCUUGUGAAAUGCCUUAGAUAAAGCCAAAGGUCAGGAAGUGGCACUAGGCUCUGGUCAUCAGCCACCUUUUAUCCUCUGUGGUCACCUCAUGGCCCUAAUAAGAGGCAAGCAGCUCCACCUGAAACACCAAGCCACCCAGAGGGAGGGAGGGAAGGAGCCACUGCACACGUGCUCCUUAGAGUGGUAAGGCAGGGCAGUAGCAAGGUCAGAGGCCCCGACACUCUGGGCAGCCGACAGCAGCUUCCAGCCAGAGGCUCUGAGUCCCACUUGGAAAUCUGCGUGGUGAUGUGAUGUCAUAGGUCAUUUUGUGAAUUUGGGAAUCAAAAUGAACAACCUUUUACCAUCAACACAUGUCUACAAGAUUCUGUCACACAAGAGCCCAGUCCAGAUGCAUUGAUAGUGCUGCAGCUUCCCCAGUGGCCUUGGGGGAAUGAGGUUGAUUCUCCUAAUGGAAUGUGCUUUGACCUUGUGACCUCUACAGUCUUUGGUAGAGUAAAAAGAUGGCCGUCGACUGGUCCUACUUGUAAUAAGUCAGAUAUCUCUAGAGUACUGAGCCACACAGUGUCUCCAUCUUUGAAGACUUGCCGACAGACUCUCUCAGGUGACCAUGCCCAUCUCAAAAAAACAAAAAAAAAGUCUUCAGCAUGAAAUUCCUUUUCAACCUAAGGAGUUAAUGGGAGGUAGGGGCUGUCUGUCGGACUCUAGGACAGUCCCACCUUGAGCACAGGUUAGACCAAUCCCCUGUCACCAGCUCCCUGGUUCUCAUUGCAUAGGCUUGAAACUGCCUGUUCUCUGUUGUUCUCAAGUCUAAGCCUAAAAACUGGAGGUUUUAUUCCUCUUUUUCCCCUUGAUCCGUAACAGAAAGGUUAUGUUUAUCAAGUGAUUUAAGAAUUUUCUAAGAUGCCAACUGCCACAUAAUUUCCACAACUCUUGAUCUAGUGAUUUAGUUAUUGACAAAUUGUAAAUAACUGACCAGAGUAUGGAAUUUUUAUUCAAUGACAGCCCUUGUCCUAUUCCCUUCCCGUCCCCUUUAACCUGAGCCAGGUGGGCUUCCUGCAUCAAUCUACAUGUCUCUUUCACAGCACAUCCAGGAAGAAUUCUGACCCAUCAUCUAGAGAGAACCUUAAUCAUUUCUGAGGAGGUUUUGCCCCAGUGAUCACAAUGGUCCCUUUUCCUGGCUUUAACCUCUGGCGAACAGCACUCUCUCACCUGAGGCUUGGCAUUCUGGUGGGCAGGGCCCACUGAGCUCAGGUAACCUCUCGUUUAGAAUCUGGUAGGUCAGUAUUGGGAGGCACCAACACUUCAGUAGCUGGGUACUGUCACUUGACCAAGCCUCCUGAGGUUGGCUCUGCUGCACAGCUGCAUGUGCCCCAGCUGAGGGCCUGGGAAGGUGUGUUCCCCGUGAGAAUGUCAGCUCUAGGUUUUGGUGGAGAGCUUUAGUCCUUUCUCUCCAGCCUUGAGUGUCCAAGUAAAGUAGUAACAAGUACCCGUGGGUUUCUAGACGCCCAUAACUUCUAGUGUGUCUCCUCCUGUAGAAGAGCUGUGAGCAGAGACAGCAUUCUAGCCCCCAAGUCCUUUGUGUUGCUCUGUAAGUUAUUGUGAAGCUUGCCACAGGAAAGACAAUCUCCAAACACAGUGGGUGCAGAGGAGGUCAUCUCAGUUGUUCCUGUGCCCAUCCCAUCCAGCCUUCAGUCCAUCAGGGUCCCAUUUCUUAAGAAGGCAAGGGGCCUCCAGCCAGUGGCUUCACUAGCAGCCAACUCCCCACAGCAUUCCUUGCCCUACUCCCCUGGCUCGAGCAUCCUGUAGGUACAUGUGACACCAGUGACGUGAGCGACACUUGCUAGACCUCUCCCACAUGUUCUGGGCAAGAGUGGGCAUCUUUCCCAUUGGCUCACAUAAAUGUGUCAAGACCAAAGACCACUCUAUAAAAGGGCCUCUCGACCUAGUCCUAGCCCUCAGUGAGUGCAUUGGAAAUGGUGUGUAUCUGAAGAUAAAUUUGUUGUUUAAAGUUAGUUUCAGGCCAGCAAGAUGACUCAGCAGGUAAGGCCUGCCAACAAGCCUAGGAGGCUGAGCUUGAAGCCCCAGAGCCCAUGUGGUAGAAGGACAGAACUGACCCUGAAAGUUGUGCUCUUAUCUCUAUAUACAGAGACACCUGCAGAUAGGUGUACAGUUAUUUCACGGCCAUUAAAACACAGGUCAGGGAGCUCAUUAAGUUCCCACUUGCAUGUACAGGGUACACAUGUAGUGUAGGUUUCUGUUUGUAUCAUGUUGCCAAGAAAAUUCUUAGAAGCCUGGAGUGUCGCAGUAGUGUCCAACCCCAGUCUCCCUCUUCUGCAGCGUCCCACGGUGUGGCGGUACCAACUUGACUCUCUGAGGUACAGACUUCCAAUUACACCAUGGCUUCUAGAAAGCUGAUGUGGCUGUGACAUCUCAGCACGGCCUCUCUAGGAAGCCUCUGAGGCUACAGCAGUCCUCGCUCACUCAGGCAUCCAGUCAGCACACGGGCGCCCUGAACUCAUGCAACUUUUCACUCACAUCUCCGUUCAUUUCACAGAUACUUUCUAAGACUCAGGCUUUCCUUUCAAAAGCUCCAUGGUUCUUUGACCACAUGCUAGGCCUUGCUCCAGACAGCCAGGUCUGCUCUGCAGAGUCUGGGAAAUGGGACAGUGUUGUCACCUGCACACUCGGUGGACUUGAGCCUCCUGAGCCGCUUUUCCAGGCAGCAAGGCUGUUCUCAUAGUUACUGUAAUAUUCUGUGCAGUGACAGCCGAGGAGGCAGCUGUCCCUCCAGGCAGAGCAGCCAUUUUACUCUCCACAGCAGACCUGGCUCAGGGAAGUGGCCAAGAGGAAAACCCAUCUUAUCUACACCCUGAACUGUCCCCACGGUGGCCAGUCGCAGAAGUUCUUUCUGGUAGAAGACUGGGGACUCCGUUACCACCAGGAUUUGCAGAGAAAGCUGAGAGUAGCUGUUGAAUUCUAUUCAAGUCAAGCAGCCUCGCCGGCCUCUGUCCAUCACAUCACGCAACACACACAACGCUGGGGAUAUUAACUUCACAGGGACCCACUGCUGCAGAGGACCACUGACCCCAGGCUAUCCCGGCUCUACCUAGAAGGCAGGGCAGGCUUAUCCGGGAGCACUGCUUGUGCUCACAGGAGUGUUUGGAGAGCAUCAUCCUGAACAUUCAGCUAGUUGUAAAAGAUUUCUGUCAAAACUGGAAAGUAGCAGUUAUGAUCUAGUCAUUUUUGUUUCCUGGCUCAAACUUUCCAUCCCUUUCAUUUAAACAGUCUCUGGGCUCUGUUCUUACUUGUCCAGUGGCUGGGAGUGAGCAGGUUGGUUUUCCUGAAGUGUCCCUGUGUCUUUUAGUUAUGGCCUACGAUUCAAAAAGCUGCACGUGUUUACAGGAAGCUCUUACCCGCCACUCAGGCCCACGUCUCUGAGGGAUGGAGGUGUCCCAAGCUUGUGACAGCAGCUUGGCAAUCUCAGAUCUACUAGGUGCUGUCUGGAAUCAUCGGAGACACUGGCAGUGAAAGGGAAGCUUUAUGCCAACGCCCAAGACAAAGCUUUAGCAAGUGGACAGACUCACUGGAAAGCCGCCCAGGGCUCUUACCUCGACUUUCUGCUGUGAGGAGCCCACCCACCGAUGGAAGAGGGAGGUUUAGGAAAGGGUUUGGAUCCAUCAAAAGUACUUGACCUCAAGAAACCGUUAGUAAUCCAAACUGUUUAAAGGAACCAAAGGCAUCGCCAGGUAUUUGCCAAAAGCAGCCACUUUUAAAUUUUGAGACUAAUGUAAUCUCAAGUCAGACCCCAAAAGGUUCCAUCUAAGGUUAUCAUUUUCACAGAGAUGUAGAUAUUUCUUACUUGUUUUCCUGUAAAAUAGCAUAGAGCUGUUUUGUUGGUUUAAGAAUAACAUUCUUGGUAGUAACUCUGAAUUACUUUCUUGUUUGUCAAGGUUAGUUCUCUGUUGCUUGCAAUGGACACGCAGGUGUUUCUCUUCUUUUCAUCCUCACAUAAUGUCUUAGCAUCUCACUCCUGACAAGAGAGGAGAGAACACAGUGGCAGCACCAUGCUUGCUGAAGCACUUGUUUAAGGAACAGAAGAUCAUGGCAGUCGGGGUCCAUCCGUGUGUUGCCUUUAUGUUGUUUUGAAAGACAAACCAUGAUGCCUUUGUACUUGCUGUUUGCACCCUGACUCGCUUCUGUACUGUGUCUGAUGCCAUACGUUUGCACUUGUACUGUACAUAGGCGAUGCAGACUGUAUUUUUAUAUGUGUGCGCAUUUAUCAUUGGAUCUUUUGUACAUAGUGGCAGUAUUGUAGCUGAUCGGGAAAUGUUUGAUAUCUCAGCAAUUUUGCAUUUUUGUGUCUCAAAUAAAAAAACAUUUUGAUGUACCAUGA